AUGGAUCUACAGAACGGAUUAAGUGUGUUUAGUGAGGAACCACAAUAUCAGUUAGUGUUUAGUGAGGAACCAAGUGUGAAGUUCACAGGCCGAGAAGAAUUUAUUCCACAGUCGGAGUUUGAAGUGGAAGUGCGUCGUGUAGAGACGGUUGAAGAUAUUCUUACUCAUGGAGCCGGAGCUAUUGGACUCAGUGUGGGUGUGAUGGGUCUUGUUGGGGUUAGUGUCAAGGUGAAGGUAGCUGUGACUAAGCAGACCACUCGGAAAUCAGUAAUGUGGAUGUCAAAAUAUCGGUUACAAACUGGAGUUAUUUCCCUGCGAGACGCAAGAGGGCCUCCUCUCCCAGAUGACAGCCUGACUUCGCUAUAUCUGAGCGAGAUCGUUGUGGGUGGGGAAGAGAUACUGUUGGUUAGUAUGGAGUUUAAUGACGAGAAAACCAGAGUUGAAGUAGAAAUCACGAUCAAAAUAAAGAUACUGUUCUUCACCAUUUCUGCCAAGAUGAACUUUAUCAAGGAAAAUAGAAAGUCCACAGCUUCGGUGGAGGUGGGUUCUGUUAGUAAAGUUGAAAAGAUCCUUUAGAUUUGCGAAGAAAAUAUUUUUACCGAGAAUCAGUCA